AUGGAUACUCAAGCAGAGAAGGUGUAUGUUGCCCUUGGAAAUGAUAUACAAGAUGGAUUUAAGACCUUGCAGUGGACACUCAAGAAAUGGAAUUCAAAACCAAUUUCCAUUGUUAUUCUCCAUGUAACUUACAAUAUUUCCAAGGAUUUUGUGUACACUCCAUUUGGGAAGCUCCCUGCAAGUUCUAUGAAUGAUGAGAAAUUGGAAGUUCUUAUGAAGUAUGAGCAGGAAAAGAUUGACAAGUUGCUGUCCAAGUACAUAUCAUUCUGUGGGCAGGUGAAGGCAGAAUUGCUCAAAGUUGAAAAAUGUGAGCAACCAAUUCAUAAAGUCAUCAUUGAUUUGAUUUUUACACACAAAAUAACCAAACUGGUGAUGGGAUUCACAUUCUUGAAGACUUCAUCUUGGAGAAUAAAGAGUGCGGUAAGUGGAUCAUUUUACGUUCAUCAUCACAAGCCCGAUUUCUGCGAAUUUUUCGUAAUUUGUGGGGGAAGACUGGUUUUCCUUAGAGGAGAAAAUAACAAAGGAAUCAUGGAGGAUGAUCAAGGGGUGAUGGUUGCAAAAGUGAGAGAAAAAGGCAGUUUCAAAGGUUGGCUAGCAAAAAUAUUCAAUGAAAAUUCAGCAGAUUCCCUAGACACAGUUUCUCACCCCUCUCUUAGAUUUUCAGCAAAUCCCAACUCCCCAAAUUCACAGAACCAAUGGGAAAGUUGUGUCCAAGAAAUCGAAAACUAUUUCCAGCAUCUGUUGUCUUUGAAAUUAGAUGAAGAAGAAGACUUGGGGCAGGGAAAUGACAGAGUGCAGAUCAGUCCAAUGGAGUUGGCUAGGCCGGAACAUGAGGAUUCGAAUAUGAUUGCUGCAGAAGACUUGGAAUCUAGGAAGAAAAUGUUAAAGGAAGCUCAAGAAACAACCAAGUUGAAACGAAAGGAAGUCAAGGCCAAUGCCGAAAGGAGCACUAAAGCAGAAUGGACCAUUUCUUUAUGCAAUCGUAGGGCUGAAGAGCUUGAAGCAAAGAUAAAAGAAGAGGUGACCAAGCGAGAAGAUUUAAAGAAAGCAUUAGAUUCUGAAAAGGAACAGCUGCAUGAAGUUAUAAUGGACACUGAAGAAAGCAAGAGUAGGCUAAACUCACUUAUGGAGCUCCAGUAUGAACUCUCAACAAAGCUCCACAAUUCCUCAUUGGCAAAAUCAAACAGAGAGACCCAACUAGAAAAGGCAGUUAGCACCCGGGCAGAGAUGGUGAGGGAGAUUGAGGAACUGCGGCAGCAGAGAGAAGUUCUACAUCGUCGAAUCGAGUUUUGUAAAGAGAAGGAUGCCAUUGGAAUGGUUGCGAGGCUUAGUGACAUGAGCUGUGGUUUUAAGGAUUACACAGCAGAGGAGAUCAGAUUGGCAACAAAUGAUUUUUCGGAACAUUUGAGAAUUAAACCAGGAGGUGACUGGACUAGUAUGUAUAGAGGGCGCAUCAAUCAUGCCACAGUUGCAAUCAAAAUGCUCAACUCAGCUAAUGACAUCUCUAAGCAGGAUUUUCAAGCUAAGGUGACAGUUCUUAGCCACAUUCGACACCCGAAUUUGAUCACCAUGCUUGGAUUCUGCACUGAGCUAAGGUGCAUUGUGUUUGAGUACAUGCACAAUGGUAGCUUGAGAGACGUAUUUUUAAGGGACAUAUUGUUCUCCUCUCACAUAAGCUCUAAGACAAGAAAGCGGACCCUAGGGUGGCACGACCGUGUCCGAAAUGCUUCCGAAAUUUGUUCAGGCUUGGGCUUUCUCCACACGGCGAAGCCGAGGCCCAUUGUUCAUGGCCGACUUUCCUUGUCUAACAUCCUCUUGGACCGCAAUCUUGUAACAAAGAUCAGCGGUUUCGGGCUCUCCCUAAGUCAUGAUGAACAGAGUGUCCGAUCGGAUAUUAGGGCUUUAGGGGUUUUGAUGAUGCAUCUUCUAACUGGAAGGAAUUGGGCUGGGCUGGGCCAGGCAAUGAACAUGGAUCAGGCAGCUGUAGUCCGGGAUCUAGAUGAGAUGGCUGGACAAUGGCCGUUGGAUUUGGCAGAGAAGCUUGCGGGCUUAGCCUUGAGGUGCUUAACAAGUAACCGUGGGCCUAGUAGAGAUUUGAAGCUGACAACAGUGAUGGAAGAGCUCAAUGAGCUGAAGAAAAGAGCUGAUGAUUUAGUUGCAAGUGAGCGGGCCAUGAAUAGAGAUGUAAAAGCAAAGGACACCAGUGAUGUACCCAGUUUUUUCCUCUGCCCCAUUUUUCAGGAAGUGAUGAAGAAUCCACAUGCGGCAGCUGAUGGGUUUUCAUAUGAACUAGACGCAAUAGAGGAAUGGCUAAGAAUGGGGCAUGACACAUCGCCCAUGACAAACUUAAGGCUCAAGCACACAUUUCUUACCCCUAAUCAUACUCUUCGUUCCCUCAUCCAGGAAUGGCAUAAUAAGAGAUUACUUCCACCUCCAUAA